CGCAUCACGCGUGGAGAGGACUACGGGGAAUGAGGAUGACGGCCAACGGCGACGCUUAUAAAUAAAGCGCCCACCGCUGCACGGAGUGGUACUGUAGACUUUAGUGAAGAGUAAGCCAGCAGGGAGCGGCCGCAGUUCAUUGUUGCAUCGAAGGCGACGGGGAAUGAGUCCAUUCUUGCAUGUCUCUGUGUUAAAGCGAAGAAUUGCGGUGCAUCUCCUGCAAAAAGCAGAGGAAACCGGUUAGAGGAGGUGAACAGGUUCAGGCCUUGACUGGAGGAGCUGAUGUGACGUAGCAGUCCACCGACACACACGCGCGCGCCGGCUGCUGCUGCCUGCCAGGAUCUCAGUUUAGGGAAAUGACCGCGAGUGACCUCAAGGGAAACACUGUAUUUUAGCGGCUGUUCGCAGUUUUGUUUUUACGGACAUUAUAGUAAAAUAUACGACACAAUUUAGCCACAUACUUUAGAUUAAAAUACGUUAUAUUUAGACGCUAGCUGGUCGCUAGACUGCCUCAUUACGUUGGAAGACGGGCUAGUAUUAGCUGGCUAAGCUAAAGUAGCCGGGAUAGACACUGCUAGCGGCUGGGGCUCCUACGUUUUGUUUCCCUCACAGAUGCUAAGCUACGUUCGGCUAGGGUAGCUGCUGCCAUGGAUAAAGCCAAGUCAAUGGUGGAUAAGAAAGGAGCUUCGGGACCCUUUCAUGUUAACAAUGGGCAGAGCCAGAAGGUUUUUCACAGUCAUGUCAUGGUGGCCACUAACGGCAGCUGUUGCAGCAGCAGCAGCAGCAAUGCAUUCGGCUCAAGCACCGUACCCAGCGGCAGCGGCACUUUUGAAAACAUGCAUCAUCUGCACCGCGGGGAUGAUGCAGAGUGCAACGGGUCCCCGGCCAAGAGGUGCAGACUACGGAGGAGGACCGAGUCGGUGAGAAAACACAGACCCCCCUUCCCCUGGUUUGGUAUGGACAUUGGUGGGACUUUGGUCAAGUUGGUGUACUUUGAGCCAGUCGAUAUAACUGCAGAGGAAGAACAGGAGGAAGUGGAAAACCUCAAGUCAAUCCGCCGCUACCUCACCUCAAACGUUGCCUAUGGUAAAACAGGUGUCCGUGACGUUCACCUGGAGCUGAGGAAUCUGACCAUGUGCGGCAGGACAGGAAACCUGCACUUCAUUCGCUUCCCAACACAGGCCAUGCCCCGCUUUAUUCAGAUGGGACGGGAUAAGAACUUCUCUAGCUUGCACACAACACUCUGUGCCACUGGAGGCGGGGCUUACAAGUUUGAGAAUGAGUUCAGAAUGAUGGCUGACCUGGAGCUGCUUAAGCUGGAUGAGCUAGACUGCUUGAUUCGUGGUCUGCUGUUUGUCGAUCGGGUAGGCUUCAACGGACACCCUGAGUGCUACUACUUCCAGAACCCAUCAGAUACCCAGAGCUGUGUGAAGAAGCCCUGCACUUUGGACAACCCCUUUCCUAUGUUGCUGGUCAACAUUGGCUCAGGAGUCUCCAUACUGGCUGUGUACUCAGAGAACAACUACAAACGGGUGACUGGUACCAGUCUGGGAGGUGGUACAUUCCUGGGGCUUUGCUGUCUGCUCACUGGCUGCGAGACGUUUGAGGAGGCUUUGGAAAUGGCUAGCAAAGGUGACUCUACAAAUGUGGACAAACUGGUGAAAGAUAUCUAUGGGGGAGACUACGAGCGAUUUGGUCUACAGGGCUCUGCUGUAGCAUCCAGUUUUGGUCACAUGAUGAGCAAAGAGAAGCGAGACAGCAUCAGUAAGGAAGACCUGGCCAGAGCCACUCUGGUCACCAUCACUAAUAACAUAGGAUCCAUAGCACGCAUGUGUGCAGUCAACGAGAAAAUUGAGCGUGUGGUGUUUGUUGGGAACUUCCUCCGUAUCAACACAGUGUCCACCAAGCUGCUAGCUUAUGCCAUGGACUACUGGUCCAAAGGCCAACUAAGAGCUCUCUUCCUUGAACACGAGGGUUACUUUGGAGCUGUGGGAGCACUGAUGGAGCUGCUCAAGACAACAGAGGACCCCUGAAGGAAAUUCUGUCAGGACAACAUCAACUCUUGACAAGACGAUGUCACCUGCCCUUGAAGGCCGUGAUGUCUUAAUGCUGUGACAUCAUCAACUUUUGAAGCUGCUGAAAGGUCCCAUUCGUCGAGGCCACAAAAGGAACACUAAGAGAGAACACAGAAACUGAUAAAAGCCAUUUUUAAUAAUUUAACACCUGUAAAUAACAAUGACCUCUAAUAUUCAUCUCUUAAAUUUCCCAUCAUCCCCCUAUCAUAGACGUUUAAUAUUGUAAUCUUUUAUUUAUGGUUUCCGUUAAUGGGGUCUGCUGAUUCGUGUAAUCAGCCCUAUGUCAGGAAGCAGAGACAAAAAGUAUUUUGGUGUAUUUUGUUAUUGUGUUUGUGUGAAUAGCUACUGUAGCAUUACAUCCUGGGGACAGUAGUGCGCCGGGAAACAAUUUGUGCAACAGUUCUUUAAAAUGGGAUACCUUUGCAGAAGAGUUAACUGCUGAAUGAGGGAUUUGUACCACCAGCAACUCAAGGAAACAUCACCUUUGGGCAGCUGUGGUUGCCGGUUUGUUGCACAAAAAGUAGCCCAUUGCUCUACUGUUUCUGCAGAGUGCACUGAAGCCAAAACCUGUUGAGAUUCAUACUUUACCUGCCUCCUUCAGCUCCAAUGGGAAGCAAAAAAACAAACAAACAAAAAACGGUCUUUAUUUUGCUCUACUGCAUAUGGCCUUUGCUUUUUGUUUGUCUCUCCUUUGUCUGCCUAUAUGUAAGCAAAACUAGCACCACCAGAUUGCCAUGCAUGCAUACUCAACCUGCUGAGUUUAGUGUUAGGUGACGGGACCAAGACGUUGUCUUCCAACAGAUUGCAGUGCAUCAUUGAUUUCUGUUCUGUUCUGUUCUGUUCUGAUUGGCAUCGCCAGAACUACUGUUAAGGACCCAGUCUGACUCGGCUGCUUGUGUUUUUGAUGUAUGAAAUACUUGAUCUGAUCUUUAUAUUUAUUUCUGUUUUUCUUUAACUUCCCUGUUUUCUGUCAGUGUCAGGAAGAUGGAAGCUUCAUUCAUCCUUUUCUGGCUUUUCUGCCACGCUGAUGCCUUGUUUGGGGAUUUGUAGUGUGAGUUUAAUAAAUGUUCAGACUCAGAA